AUGGCCUCACCACAAGAGGACAAAACAAAUCACUCAUUGGAAGCGCAUCAUGCCCUCCUUGAAUGGGUUUGCAAAAAUGGAGGGUACCUAAAUGAUGCUUGCUGCAUAGCACAUGAUACCCAACGGGGUGUCCACGUUCAGGUGAAAGCCGACUGGCCUACAGCCAUUUCAUCAGAGACCAGAGUGAUCAAUGCUCCACUAGGCGUGACAAUGUCUUAUUUCAACGCGAUAGACUAUACCUCAUCCAGGGGAAGCUUCUCAUCUCACGGCGUGCAGUUUCCGCGUGCAUUUAUUGAUGCUGCCGGCAUCAAGGAGACCAUGGCUUUCUUUUUGAUGGCACAGUUCCUGCGUGGAGAGCAGAGUUUCUGGUAUCCGUAUUUAAGGACAAUACCCCAGCCUGGCCAGCUGAUCACGCCUCUUUUCUUUGGAGAGGAGGAUGUGGAUUGGCUGCAAGGGACUGGAAUUCCGGAUGCAUCGGUGCAGAGGUUUCAGGAUUGGGAUCAGAAAUAUGAUUCUAUGAUUGAGAAGUUGGAUGCGGCUGGAUUUGAAGGCGUAGGAGCAUUUACCUGGGACUUAUAUCUCUGGGCAUGGACAAUUCUCACUUCCCGUGCUUUCUCGGCUAAGGUACUAUCCAGUGCCGUGGAACCCUCCGACCUCCCUGAGGAAGGACUUUCAGUCCUCUUGCCGCUUAUUGACCUACCUAAUCACCGACCACUGGCCAAGGUCGAGUGGAGGGCGGGUGAGCAAGAUGUCGGCAUGAUUGUUUUAGAAAAUGUUUCUCCUGGUCAAGAGAUUUCAAACAAUUAUGGCCCUCGGAAUAAUGAACAAUUGCUCAUGAAUUACGGAUUCUGCAUUGAAAACAAUCCAACCGACUACCGCAUUGUGAAACUAGGUGUUCCGUCAGACAGUCCACUUGGUCAAGCCAAGGCUCGCCAGAUCCAAGAGUUUCCUCAUCUAGCAAAGGCUGACGACCAGUACUACAUUUUCAAUGUGUCAUAUCCACUACUGGCGUCAGAAAGAUCCAUGGAGCAAGGAAUUAUAUCGCCAGCCUUGUUCAACGCUCUAACCAUCAUGGAAGCAAAUGAGCGAGAACGGAAAUCGGUGGAGAUUGAAGAAUCGGGGAUUUCAAUCCGAAAGACCUAUGGCAAUGGUCGCAGCGCACUGGCCGCUCUGUCUCAAACUUCUCUUGAGCUUAUUGCACACAUUCUUCAGCUGCAAGCCAGUGGACAAGACCUACCAGCUGAACCCGCAAACCUCAAGCAAAUUUUUGCGCAAGUCUACCGCAACGGUCAAAUUACAAUGGAUAAGACAGCAUUAAUUAUUGCAUCCUGGACACUUGCUCGGGCAAGAGAGCAUCAGCGAGGCGAAGAAGUGGAAGAUAUCAAGAUCCUUUUGCAUGAGCACUUGUCUAAAAUCCCAGCUGGAUGCUUGUCCGAUGAGAUUAUGUCUCAAGUACGCGUUCUUAUUCUUGAACGCCAAUCACUGGUCCCUAAGAAUGGCGAACUAUUCCGACUCGGAGAACUUUUCAGUCUCCUGCCAGAAGAUCUGCAGGGCCCAAGUCAGAAUUUCUUCAUGACUCGUCUUGCAAAUGGGCCUUGGGCCACAGACCCGCAGGUUAUGUUUGCGCUUGCAAUCAAUUUCUUAGCUACAACAACUCUGUCAGAUAAAAUGAGGCCCAUGCUUUCCUCUCGGUUGACUCGAUGGGUAGACUUCUUGAUUGCUGAAUACCCAUUGUCCACCAUGAUUAGCGAUGAUGCCGAUUCCCCUGCCCAGCAAUUGCUAAGAGUUCUCUCGAAGGACCGAGAGGCAUUCAUUGAGCUGGCAGUGCAAGAUGGGAUUACCUGGUUUGAACAAGAUAGCAGUUGGUUGGUCUCAGAUUGGCUCCAGUGGGCAUGCACAGUUGGUGAUGCUGAGCGGGUCUUAAUACCAUUUGAGCCGCUCCAGGUUCUGGGGACAGAUGAUCCAACAAUGGCCAAACAGGCAGUUCUGUAUGUGCCACAAGAGGAGUAA